GCCUACCGACAAGUGAAAAUCAAUGUGGUGAGGGAGUUCUAAAAGGAAAAAUCUAAAUUUCUCAAACCCUUUCGCGAAGAAACUUUGCAGGGUUCUAGACUCAUCCAAGUAGGAUACAUAAAGGCGUAGAAAUACUUCCACUUACGGUAUUCAUCUCCAGUGACGUCAUUGAAGAAAAAAAAGGGUGGUGCAUCUUGUGCUUGCCAGUGUGUGUACGUGUGACUGCCAGAGUGUGUACGGAUCGCGUCCCGGUGAAAUCAACUCCGCGAGAAUUGAGAAAGAACAAAUUAAAGCAACAACGACUACAAACAGCGGGCGGCAGAUAAAAAUUCAACCGGUUUUUGUUGCCGUUUCGGGUCGUCAGUGAAAAGUCUUGAAGGCGGAGAGAAAUUCAAUCCAAUAAAAACAUAAAACCACGAACGCUACGGGAAGAGUGAUAACGAGAAGAGCUAAUCCGGUCGAAACCACCGAUCGGAAGAAGCGAAAGGCAGCGAAAACGGGCGACGGUGUGUUUGGCGUUUCACGUAACCUACAGUGACGGACGAAAAUAGAGACACGCGUGUUCAACCUGGCCGACCAGCGAGAACUACCGGUGCGGUGGCUUUUAGUUUGGCUCUGUUGGUUUUCGCCUUUGUAUUCUGAUAAACGACGUGGCGAAGACGCCACACGGUAGUGCCGUUCCCAGCAGCCCACAAGAACUAGCGAGGUAGCGAGCGAUCACCAAAGACGGCAACAUGUUUGCGAAACUUUGCCAAAUGGAAGCGACGUCCCGGUUGGCGCGUAGGGCGGUGGCACUGCCCAUGGUCAACCUGCCGGCCCUGUGCAGCCGGUUCAUCUCGAAAAGCAGCGAGGUGAACAAUUCCGACUACAUGACCAUCCGGACGACGGACGACCAGCACCACCAGAAGGUCAGCCGCAGCUAUGACAGCAAGCAACAGAUAAGACUGAAGAAGGUGUCUCGAACCCUCUCGACGCUCAACUCGUCGGUACCGGAAGCGGCGGCCCACACGGCCGUCCCGAAAAGCGAGAGCCGCGAGUUUAUGGCCGUGUUCCCGGACCUGGUGCGCGACCUGACUGCGUACGCCAGCAAGUACGACAAGAACCUGGCCACCAAGUGGUUCGUCCGUGCGCUGCAGUACAACGUGCCGCAGGGCAAGAAGAACCGCGGGCUGGCGUGCGUCCUGGCCUACCGGAUGCUGGCCAAGCCGGAGGACAUUACGCCGGAGAACAUCCGCAAGGCGCAGUACCUUGGCUGGUGUAUCGAGAUGCUGCAUUCGAUGUACCUGAUCGCCGAUGAUAUUAUGGACGGAAGCGUUACGCGUCGUGGCCAACCGUGCUGGCACAAGCUGGAAGACGUCAAGAUGGUGGCAAUCAACGACGGGAUCAUGAUCGACUCGUCGAUCUCGUACAUCCUGCGGAAGCAGUUCCGCAACGAUCCGUACUACACCCGGCUGCUGGAGGAGUUCAACGAGAUGAAGUUCAUCACGAGCCUGGGCCAAAGUAUGGACCUGCUUUCGUCCCGGCUCGAUGUCACGCAGUACACGAUGGAUGUGUACAAAUCGAUCGUCUUCCACAAGACUUCCUACUAUACGUUCUACCUCCCGGUGGCGCUGGCCAUGCACAUGACGGGCUACACGGAUCCGGAGAUGUUCCGACAGGCGAAGACAAUCCUACUCGAGAUUGGUCAGUUCUUCCAGGCGCAGGAUGACUUCCUGGACUGCUUCGGCGACCCAGCCGUCAUUGGCAAGGUCGGCACGGACAUCGCCGAGGGCAAGUGUAGCUGGUUGGCGGUGGUCGCGAUGCAGCGUGCCACCGAAGAGCAGAAGGACAUCAUGCGGCAAUGCUACGGCUCCAAGGAUCCGGAAAAUGUGGCUCGCGUCAAGAAACUGUACGAACAGCUCGGACUGCCGACCACGUAUGCCACGUACGAGGAGGAGUCGUACAACAUGAUCAAAACGCACAUCCAGCAGAUUUCGCGUGGUCUGCCGCACGAACUGUUCUUCAAGAUCAUGGAGAAGAUCUAUCGGCGUGAAGCUUAAGAAGGCGCGGCAGCGGACACAUACGUACGGUUCACUUAACAGUAGUCGUUAGAUUCGUCUUCUUCAUUGGUUAGAAAGCAAGCGAGUAAACCAGAAUAGUUUCCGUAGAAUGUCGAGUGGUAGGAAAGCAGCGAGCGAAUCAACAUUCGAAUCUUUGUAAUCUUAAGGUUCUUUACUUCUUUUUUUUUUUUUUUUUUUGAUAAUGUCAACUGGAAGAAUGCACGCGGAAGGUAGUGUGAUUAAGAGUGAGAAAGGUGAAGGAUUAGUAGUUUUGUGAAGGGUUUUAAGAAAAUCUUUCUAGUGAGAGACACAAAAAGUGGAAGAAGCAACAGCUAUUGACGGGAUCGAUCAGUUUAUUUUUCACUCUAACUUUUUUUUUUAUUACUUUCUAAAAGGAGGAACAUACCGGUCUGGAUUUGCCGGUAGCGAUUGUGAUCCAAGAAGAAUGUUAGUCGAAGCGUUAUCACUUUCCCACAAUUUUCUUUCGAUCGAGUUCUCUUUUCGUGUUACGUUAGAAAUCCGACUGUGCGUGCGCACAACAACUCCGACACGGGAGCUCUGUGUGCGUUGUUGAUAGAUCUUGCAAGGGUAAGACGCAUCGAGCAGUGGUGCAGGCGUUGCAGAAGCGAGAACUCUUGGCGUUACUUUGCAAGACCUCAAAGCAUGGCUCGAGAUUCGGCCUCCAACCGGCAAAAACGAAACGGUGGACGAUUUCCAAUAUUCCCUCGCGGGAAUAGAAUGAAAUCGUCUCCAAAAAUGUAUGCGCUUAGGGCGCAGGGCGGUAGGCACAGUGAAACCCGGUGAAUUGAAUUAUCAAAACAGGAAAAAUAUUUGUAUGAGACAAGUUUUGUACUACAUACAUUUACUAGGUACGAAUGCAUACCUCUCCAAUCCGUACUAACAAUCGGCAAUAAGGGAGCGAGCAGCAGAAAACUCUCGUAAUGAGAACGAGAGACUUUUAUUUCGAUUGCAUGAUUAAUGUGUAAGGAUGUUUGGGCAGAAUUGUUCGGUAGAGGGAGCGAAAACACUCGUUAACUUAUAAUGAAUUCAGCAUUGGAAACGAGAAGAAGAGCAAAAGAGAGAGCCAGUCAGAGGAAAGUGAAGAUGUUACUAAUAAGCCUAGUAUGUAAGUAGAGAGACGCGUGUUCGUUUUUUGUCGUACGUUAUUGAUCAUUAAUAAAAAAAACCCAGUAAAA